AUGAAGCUGAAGCAGCUGCCUCUAAUCACUUCCGGCAUGGUGCUUCUGCUGCUUCUGCUUUUUCCCGCAGCGGCUUUCUCCGACGCUCAGAACCUCGAGACAUCUCAGUACGAGUGGGGCCCCUUCGACCAAUCGUAUUACAACACGUUCGCGGUGAUCAAGCCGGCGACGAUCAGCAACGAGGCGCUCCAGAUCACUCCGGACUCCGCAGGCAACUUCACGCUCGCCAACCGCUCAGGUAGAGUCUUCUUCAACCAUUCUUUCGUGCUCUGGACCGAUUCGGAUUCUCCUGGCUCCGCCACAACCGGAGCCUCGGGACGCGUGGCGUCUUUCAAUACGUCGUUCCUCGUUAACGUCUUUCGUGUCAACAGCACCGCUGUCCCCGGAGAGGGCCUGGCCUUCCUCAUCGCACCGAAUCUCACCCUCCCUCAAGGCAGCGACGGUCAAUACCUCGGUUUAACCAACGCGGCCUCCGAUGGGAACCCCAGCAACCACCUCCUCGCCGUCGAGCUGGACACUUUUAAGCAAAGCUUCGACCCGGAUGACAACCAUUUGGGCCUCAACAUCAACUCGAUCCGAUCCAACAAGACCGUUUCACUCUCGGAUCUGGAUAUCCAGAUCGCCCCAAACACUACCAAAUUUUACAUGGUCUGGGUCCAGUACGACGGCGAUUCUCGUCAGUUAGAAGUGUUCAUGGCCGAACAGUUGCAGGACCCAAAAACGAGCGAUUUCGUCAUCAGGCCCAGACCCACAACUCCAAUCUUAACGGCUAAUCUCAAUCUCAAGGACAUUGUGGAGCAGAAUUCCUACUUCGGUUUCUCUGCAUCGACCGGCAGUGCAAUCCAGCUCAAUUGCUUAUUGAGAUGGAAUCUGACGGUGGAGAAUUUGUCAGGUGUUGGGAGUGAAGAUAGCAAAAGUCAGGGGCUGAAGAUAGGACUUGGAGUGGGUGUACCCGUGGUGGUGCUGCUCCUGUUGGGCUUGGGAGGGCUGGUAUAUUACGUGCACAAGAGGAGGAGGGCCGCCGCUUCCGACCCGAAUAUCUUAGGGGCACUCAAGAGCCUUCCGGGCACUCCAAGGGAGUUUGAGUUCAAGGAGCUGAAGAAGGCUACGAACAACUUCGACGAGAAGCACAAGCUAGGUCAAGGUGGCUUUGGGGUGGUCUAUAGGGGUGUCCUACCCAAAGAGAAUUUGGAAGUGGCUGUGAAGAAAUUCUCCCGGGAUAAUCUCAAGGGUAAAGACGACUUUUUGGCUGAGCUCACCAUUAUCAACCGCCUCCGCCACAAGCAUCUCGUCCGGCUACUUGGAUGGUGCCACAAAACUGGGAUGCUACUCAUAGUAUACGAGUACAUGCCGAACGGUAGCUUGGACAACCACCUUUUCGGGGGUCCUGAGAAUGCAACACUAGGCUGGAGCCAAAGGUACAAAAUUGUAUCCGGGGUGGCGUCCGCCUUGCAUUACCUCCACAACGAGUACGACCAAAGAGUGAUCCAUAGAGACCUCAAGGCCAGCAACAUAAUGCUAGACUCCCACUUCAACUCCCGCCUCGGCGACUUUGGCCUCGCACGUGCCUUGGACAACGAGAAAACCUCGUAUGCCGAGCUCGAGGGUGUACCGGGCACAAUGGGGUACAUCGCACCCGAGUGCUUCCACACGGGCAAGGCCACGUGCGAGUCUGAUGUGUAUGGGUUCGGGGCAGUGCUUCUAGAAGUUGCGUGCGGUCAACGACCAUGGACCAAAAUGGGCGGGUUUCAGUGUGUGGUGGAUUGGGUUUGGUCCUUGCAUAGAGAAGGGCGUGUCUUGGAGGCCGUGGACGAGAGGCUUCGGAGUGAUUACGUGGCAGAGGAAGCUGAGAGGCUUUUGCUUCUUGGGCUGGCCUGCUCUCACCCUAUUGCCAACGAGAGGCCCAAGACCCAGGCCAUUAUCCAAAUCAUUUCCGCGUCGGUUCCGGUGCCCCGAGUCCCGCCCUUUAAACCCGCUUUUGUGUGGCCCUCCUCCUCUAUGCCCGAAGGAGUCAGCAGCGUAGCCAACACUGUGAGUACGACGUCGUCAUGGCCUCUUGGGAUAUCAGUUUCGGAUAGAUCUGAAUGGACCCCACGCUCACGCUACGACAGCCAGGACAGCUAUGGAGGAGCAGGAGGAUAUUGCGACAGCUCCUCCCUGGUUUAA